AUGCCACCUCGUCAGCGUCGUCCCACCGAAAGCCAUCAGAAGGAUCCAGGAAGCUGUCAGACAGCUUCUGUAGCGGCUGCAGUGUUAGAAGAUCCUCCCCGAGCUAUCAGAUCUCUUCUUCACUGGAACGAUCUGCCCCACUGGCAGCGGGAUAAUCAGCAUAUCCACACGGGAUAUCGACCAGCAUCGAACUCGUUUCUCGUUUCGUUUCAGUCCCUGACAUAUAUUCACAACGAGACCGUCAAUAUCUAUACCCAUCUACUGCCGUCAAUCUUGGCAGUCCCAGCUGCGACCCAACUCUAUCGAGUCCUCACUCCGCGUUAUAAGACCGCCACCGAUGGCGAUAUUCGUGCCUUUGGCUGCUUCUUCGGGGGCGCCGCCUUUUGCCUAGGGAUGUCGGCGUUCUACCAUACCAUAUCGAACCAUUCCCCGACUGUGGCACGCAUUGGGAACACGUUUGACUACAUUGGUAUCGUAGGACUGAUAGUGGGUAGUUUCGUCCCUAGCGUUUACUAUGGCUUCUAUUGCGUUCCUGAGAUGCAGAGGCUGUAUUGGUCGAUGAUAUGCACGAUUGGCCUUGGCUGCGUCGCGGUUUCGAUCUUCCCUCAGUUCCGAACCCCCCGCUGGCGCCCAUUCCGUGCAGCCAUGUUUGUCGGAAUGGGCCUGUCAGCGGCGUUUCCGGUGGUCCAUGGGUUGCAGCUGUACGGGCGUGACCAGAUGAUGCGCCAGAUAGGCCUCGGCUGGCUUUUGCUUCAAGGAUUUCUGUACAUCCUUGGUGCCGGGAUUUAUGCAGCCCGAGUCCCCGAACGGCUGCAACCAGGGAGGUUCGAUCUUUGGGGAAGUUCGCAUCAGAUCUUUCAUGUGCUUGUUGUUUGCGCAGCCAUUGCUCAUCUGACAGGACUUUUAACUGCCUUUGAUUAUAGACAUAGCGGGACUACAGAAAACUGUCCCGCAGAGCUUAUUAUGUGA